CGCACGCCCCCGCUUCCUCCGCCCGCUCCACCUCGGCUCGGCUCUCUGCCCGCUUCCCAGAGGGCUCCAUGAGGACCCCGUGCCGCGCUCCGUCCCCUCCGCUGAUGCUGCUCCGGCUCGGACUCCUGUUGCUCCUGCCGUCUUCGGGCAACGCCGCCGUCAUCACUGGGGCUUGUGACAAGGACCCCCAAUGUGGCGGUGGCAUGUGCUGUGCUGUUAGUAUUUGGAUCAGAAGCCUCCGAAUGUGCACACCGAUGGGCAACGUGGGAGACAGCUGCCAUCCUUUGACUCGGAAAGUUCCGUUUUUUGGGAAGAGAAUGCAUCACACCUGCCCUUGCCUGUCUGGGUUGGCCUGCGUACGGACUACAUUUAAUCGAUUUAGAUGUUUACCCAGGAAAUAAUGAUCACUUUUGAAAUGAAAUCAGUUAAAUGUGAACAGCAACUUAAUGUAUUUAAAGUUUUCCUUGUGAUUGUAAUGAACAAGUUAUAUGCCAGAAAAAAAAAUCCCAUUACUUUCUCCCUUCGUAAGCAUCAAAAAUGAAUAUAUUUAGGCUUAAGUAAUAUUCUUAGACUUGAUUUGAAAAUGAUGGGUUUUUAUGGAGAUACCGUUUUGAAUAGAAAUGUUGAAAGUAAAGUAUUAUGGACUAGCUUUUCUUCUCCACAUUCAUUUCAUUUUAUAAAAUGAAGGCCAGAGUCUCUGCCAGAAAGAUAAGGAAGAAGGUAAUCUAGUGUAACCCAGUAGUGCGCCUGUUGGUCAGGGAGCAGCUGUGGUUUAGCUGCAUCAGCUUCUGGGAGCCAGGUGGAAAAGUUGCACCAUCUCCCCUGGACUGUGAUUCCCAGAAGUCUAUGCCGGUAUCCCAGAACUUCUCCAGACCUAUAGGCAAGUUGGCUCUAAUUCAAAGCUACACUCAUAUUUGAUUACCAUUAAACUGUCAGGACGAGGCUAUUUUUUUGGGGGGGGGUUUCCCAUUUCCCUCAUCACAGUUCCCCCAAAAGAUACACAUUUUUUGUUUCCAUAUCUCUCAAUCCCCAAGGCAUAUUAAAUCUCAACUUAACUAUGACUGAUCUCACAACUCAUUCUUCUCCCUGAUGCCUCAUCACCCUACUCAGAUUCUAAGUUGGCAUUCACCAAAUGUCCUGGUAAAAUGUCCACCUUUGGUGGAAAGUCCAUCAAUGUUGGCCUUUUGGGUACUUAGUGAAACCAAUGGCAAAAGUUAGCAACUGAUUAUUCUAACUCCAUAUCUUUUCCUAGAAUAGUAAAGGUCUCAUAGGCACAGCAGUCAAAAAAGGUGGUAUUACCUUCAAACGAGCUAACCAUAUGUAAUGAAGAUGUACUGCCACUAUCCAUCUGAACCAGGAGCAGCAAGUUCUGCUGUUAGAGAGACGUAAGAGGAGAGAGAAUAGCGAACCAAAUUAAUUUUUUCUUACUUUUUUUUUGACUUGUCCCUUAAAGCCUUUUUUCUUUCUCAUAAUAGAAUUUCAUUUUAUGAGUGAGACAUUUAGAUAUACCAUAGAACAUGUCAUCCAAGAGGAAGAAUUUAUUUUGAUCUUGCAUAAAACUAGUUAUACAUUUGAAAUAAUAUGCAUUAAAAUGUCACUUGUAUUUUCUUUGAAACUGAAAGGUUUAUUGUAAUGGGUUGCUUAAUAUCUUGUCAUUUGUACCUGUAUCAAUAUUGCUGUGUAAGAAUUCUGUAUCAGAAUAAUGACAGUACUGUAUAUCAUUUGAUUUUAAUAUUAUAUCCUUAUUUUUGUCACAAUGGUCUCAGUUUUUAUUCCAACAAGUGAGGAUAAUUUCUAAAUAGGUCACACUCUAAAUCCAAUGAGGACUAAGAAGCUGGUAAAAAUAGAGCUAUUUAGUAUACAUACAGUUUGAAUUUGUGCCAAAUGAAAUUUUACCAGUAUAUAUUUCAGAACAUUCAAAAACCAAGCCCAGUAUGCAAGUAAAUGUGACAAUGGGACUUAAGGGGAAAUCAUGACAUGCACAAAAGGUUGUAAUUACGAAUGAAUUAAUAGAACUUCACUGUGUACUAAGUACAAUUGAUUAUAUAU